GACGUCACUCUAAUUUACUCAAGCACAAAAGACACAAGGAGCCUUCAAAACGCGCAAGACUCAUAUACCAUCACACCCCAAAGAAGUUGAAGAAGAUAUUUAUGCUUUUCUGCAGGAGCUAGAGCUCAUUUCAUGUUCUUCAGUUCGAUCCGGAGCCUAGUUUUAUGUAAUUUAUGCUUUUCCCACGGAUCGAGCAUGUAGAUUCAGCUCAAUAUUCGCGUUCUCGACCCUAAUCAGUUUGAGUGAAAUGGCGAAUCCACCUAAUGUGGAGCUGGAAGCGGCAAAAUUCUUGCAUAAACUUAUUCAAGACUCUACAGAUGAGCCAACAAAGCUGGCAACAAAGCUUUAUGUGAUUUUGCAACACAUGAAAUCUAGUGGGAAGGAGAAUUCAAUGCCCUACCAAGUAAUAUCAAGGGCCAUGGAGACUGUGAUUAAGCAAAAUGGCCUUGACAUUGAAGCUUUAAUGUCAUCAAGGCUCCCUCUCGCUGCUGGACCACAAGCAGGAGAAUCUGGAUCAUCCCAUGUUGCAGGUUCUUCACAGAGGACGGGGGUUAUAAAGGACCCCAAGUCAAGCUUGACUGCAAAUGAGAUGUCUAAAACUGAUUCCUAUAGCUCAGGCGUGUCGCUUGUUGGUCCAACUGCUGCUGGGCAUGAUAUAUAUCAAGGAUCAGCCAAUAUGAUGGGUGGAGCUGGCAAGGUACGUGGACUGACACCUGGUGCUACUGCUUCAUAUCAGCCAGUAGAAGCAGGGAUGUCAGUACCUAUGCAGUUUGCAAGUUCUUCAUUUGCUAAUCAGGGUUUUGCUGCAAAGAUGAAUAAGGAUGGAAUGGAAGCUUUUGCAGCUGCACCAUCAAUGGAUCUUUAUGCAGGCAAGAACAUUGCUGGAAAGAUAAUGGAACAUGAAGGAACCAGUCUACCUAUUCCUAAUAAGUUAAAUCAGGGGGCAAUUCCAAGUAACGUUCCAGAAACAAGUAUGAUACCAAGUUCAGCUUUAAGAGAUACUGGAAAAUCUCCUGUUGCUCAGGCUCCUGUUUCUGGCUUGCCUUUUAAGGAACAUCAUCUGAAACAGCUUAGAGCUCAAUGCCUUGUGUUUUUAGCUUUCAGAAAUGGUUUGAUGCCGAAGAAACUUCAUCUUGAAAUUGCUCUUGGAAACUUCUUCCCUAAAGAAGAAGGAGCUCGCAAAGAAAUGAUUGAUCAUAAAGGGAAAGAGCUGUCUGUUAAUGAACCGACAACUGGAGUGCUUGAUAACACAAGGGGUGCACUUUCUACAGGGCCUCAAGCAGGAGGAAAUUUUUUAAAAGAUGCCGAUAAUAAUGCAAGCAUGAAGGAAGAUAAAAGUGGUUACCAUGCCAUGCCAUCUGAACAUGCUGAAGAUAGCAGACAGCAUUCAGCUUUAAGAAGGAGAUUGGAGGCUGAAAUGCCAAAGCAAGAAACAUCAGAAUCACAGGCAUCUUCACUCAGAGGUAUACAAUCUGAUUCUAAUUCAAGGAGUAUACCUGUUAGUAUUCAUGAGGAUGAUUCAGGGAACAAUCAUCAACAAAUUGUAUUCACACCAUGCUCCCUUAGUCACGGGAGAAGUAAGACAAUGAAGCAUGAUGUAAGUUUUUGGAAUGGAAAUGGAUGCCAAAUGGAGGCUUCAGGUCUGACACAUGCAUCACAACAACAAAGAAAAGAGAAUUUUGCUAAUCAAUGUCAGAAUGCCGCUGAAAGCAAUGGUCUAGGACAUCGAGAUACCGAUAGUGACUUGCCUAGUGUACCAUUAAGGGAACAGUGGAAACCUAUUUCAGGAAUGGAUGGCCAAAAUAACAUACUAAUGCCGGUGAAGGAUUCUGAUAUAGUACUAAGAAAUGUUUUGCCAGCACAAGAAACUGAUACAGAAGAGGAAGAUGCUCCUGCAAAUGCUGAUAGGCCUCCAUCUCCAAAGUAUACAACAUCAGAAAAAUGGAUAUUGGAUCGACAGAAAAGGAAACUUCUCAAUGAGAAAAUGUGGGCAUUGAAACAGCAGAAAACAGAGCAGAAAAAGAUUGCUGUUUGUUCUGCCAAGCUAAAGGAAAGUGUGAGUUCUUCUGAAGAUAUUUUUGCAAAAACAAAAAGUGUGAUUGAAUUGAAGAAGCUUCAGUUAUUGGAAUUGCAACGUCGUCUUCGGAGUGACAUUUUGAAUGACUUUUUCAAACCAAUAGCACCUGAAAUGGACCGUCUCAAGUCGAUCAAAAAACAUAGAAUUGGAAGGAGAUCAAAACAACUUGAGAGGUAUGAACAGAAAAUGAAGGAAGAGCGACAAAAGAGAAUUCGUGAGAGGCAGAAGGAAUUCUUCAGCGAAGUAGAGGUUCAUAGGGAAAGACUGGAAGAUGUAUUCAAAAUGAAAAGAGAACGCUGGAAAGGUUUCAAUAAGUAUGUGAGGGAAUUCCAUAAGAGGAAGGAACGCAUACAUCGAGAGAAGAUUGAUAGGAUCCAGCGUGAGAAGAUUAAUUUAUUAAAAAUCAAUGACGUUGAGGGGUAUCUUCGGAUGGUCCAGGAUGCCAAAUCAGAUCGUGUAAAACAACUACUUAAAGAGACUGAAAAAUAUCUUCAAAAGCUUGGAACCAAACUGCAGGAAGCAAAGUCAAUUCAGAUCGAUGUAGAUGAGAGCAGAACAGCUACUACUGUGGAGAAAAAUGAGAUUUCAGUUGAGAAUGAAGAUGAAACAGACCAAGCAAAGCAUUACUUGGAAAGCAAUGAGAAAUACUAUAUGAUUGCUCACAGUGUAAAAGAGAAUGUAUUGGAGCAGCCAACCAUUCUUGUGGGUGGGAAAUUAAGAGAAUACCAAAUGAAUGGGCUUAGGUGGCUGGUUUCACUUUACAACAACCAAUUGAAUGGUAUUCUUGCUGACGAAAUGGGCCUUGGUAAAACUGUUCAGGUUAUUUCUCUUAUGUGUUACCUCAUGGAGACUAAAUAUGAUAGAGGACCUUUAGUAGUUGUGCCUUCUUCUGUGCUACGGUGGGAGUCAGAAAUUAGCUUCUCACCAGGCAUCCACAAAAUUGUGUAUUCUGGACCACCAGAGGAGCGGCGUAGGCUAUUUAAGGAACAAAUUGUUCAUCAGAAAUUUAAUGUUCUAUUGACGACAUAUGAGUAUUUGAUGAACAAGCAUGACAAGCCAAAACUGAGCAAAAUACAAUGGCGUUAUAUCAUCAUCGAUGAAGGGCAUCGUAUAAAGAAUGCUUCCUGCAAGUUGAAUGCGGACUUGAAGCACUACAGAAGUAAUCAUAGAUUGCUGUUGACUGGAACUCCGCUGCAGAACAAUCUUGAGGAUGCUUGGGCACUGCUCAACUUCUUGCUGCCAAAUAUUUUUAAUUCUUCAGAGGACUUCUCCCAGUGGUUUAACAAACCUUUUGAGAGUAAUGGCGACAAUUCUCCUGAUGAGGCUUUACUAUCUGAGGAAGAGAAUCUUUUGAUCAUAAAUCGCCUUCAUCAAGUUUUACGUCCAUUUGUCCUUCGGCGAUUGAAGCACAAGGUUGAAAAUCAGUUGCCUGAGAAGAUUGAGAGAUUGAUUAGGUGUGAAGCAUCUGCCUAUCAGAAACUUUUAAUGAAGAGGGUAGAAGAGAAUCUUGGUGCAAUUGGAACAUCAAAGGCCCGAUCGGUGCAUAACUCUGUGAUGGAGCUCCGGAACAUCUGCAAUCACCCCUACCUUAGUCAACUUCAUGUAGAAGAGGUUCAUGACUGGAUACCGAAGCAUUAUCUGCCAACCAUUAUAAGACUUUGUGGGAAGCUUGAGAUGCUAGAUCGCUUAUUGCCCAAACUAAAGGCAACUGAUCAUCGGGUUCUUCUCUUCUCAACAAUGACUAGGCUGCUUGAUGUCAUGGAGGACUAUCUUUACUGGAAGCAAUAUAAGUAUCUACGCUUAGACGGACACACAUCUGGGGAUCGAGGAGCGCUGAUUGAGCAGUUCAAUCAACCUGGUUCUCCAUUUUUUAUAUUUUUACUUAGUAUUCGAGCUGGAGGUGUUGGGGUUAAUCUCCAAGCUGCUGAUACUGUGAUAAUUUUUGACACAGAUUGGAAUCCUCAGGUUGAUCUGCAAGCACAGGCAAGAGCUCAUAGGAUUGGACAAAAGAGAGAUGUUCUUGUUCUUCGACUUGAAACGGUUCAAACUGUAGAGGAACAAGUAAGAGCUUCAGCAGAACACAAACUAGGAGUUGCAAAUCAGAGCAUCACUGCCGGCUUUUUUGAUAAUAAUACCAGUGCAGAAGAUAGAAGAGAAUACUUGGAGUCCCUUCUGCGGGAGUGCAAGAAGGAAGAAGCUUCACCUGUUUUGGGUGAUGAUGCUUUGAAUGAUCUUAUAGCCCGCAGUGAAUCAGAAAUUGAUAUAUUUGAAUCGGUUGACAAAAAAAGGCGAGAAGAAGAGAUGGGGGCGUGGAGGAAGCUGUUUAUAGAGAGUGGGGCUGAAGAUCGUGAGUGCUUACCUCCCUUGCCUUCUCGACUUCUCACUGAUGACGACCUCAAAUUAUUCUAUGAAGCAAUGAAGAUAUCUGAAGCACCACCACAAGUGGUGGCUUCUAAUAGUGGAAUGAAAAGGAAGAGUGAUUACCUUGGGGGCCUUGAUACUCGCCAGUAUGGAAGAGGAAAACGAGCGAGAGAGGUACGAUCCUAUGAAGAGCAAUGGACUGAGGAAGAAUUUGAAAAAAUGUGCCAAGCUGAUUCACCAGGAUCCCCUCAAGUGAAGGAGGAGAUCAUAGAAAGGAAAUUGUCAGCCGUUAUUAGUGACUGUUUCAUGUUGACUGGUGAAACACAGGCACAGAUGCCACAGCAACCAUUGAACCCUAUUGUUCAGCCAGCGGCAGAACCAAGCAAAGAGGUAACUCCACCAUCUAAACGCGGACGUGGUAGGCCAAGAAGAACACCAACUACUACGGAAUUAUUGCCCUCUCCAGGGGCUCUUCUAGCAUCUUCUGGAGUACAACCAAUGAAUGCUAUGCCCAAGACGGAAAAUGUCUCCUGCUCUCAGGUGGUUUCUCUUUCUGAAGGUUUGCAAGAUUUGGCUCCUGAGAACACUUCACUGUCAGUUUCUCUACCUCCUGUUACUCCUGCAGUUCCGCCUACUACUCUUCCGUGCCCUUCCACACCUGUACAAGGAAGGGGCCGAGGUCGUAAGGCACAAUCUGCUGGAGAAGCUCCAAGACGUAGAGGUAAGAGACUGAAUACUGUAGUUGUUCCUUCUCCAACACCGACAGCAAUAGGCAAGCCUGAGUUUGAGACCCUGGUAGAAGGAGCUUCAAGCUCUUUGAGAGCCUGUAAUCCUGAUCCUUCAUCUCAACCUUCAAAUGUGGUAGACAAUACUGAAAAACGGACUCUGGUUUCACAUGUUCCUCUUCUGUCAUCUUCUGCGAUGAGCAAAUCAGACUUGGGAUCUCAAGAAGUCCUCUCUUUGGUUAUGGCUGCUCCAAAUUCCUCAAGUAUACCUACUGAUGCUUUUCCUAGUUCUUUGGUCACUGCUGGUGUUACUCAACAAGAUCCCCUUGCAAGGACUGCUCUUGCUGUUAAUCCAGUCCCAGCUCCUCCUUUUCCUUCUGUUAUUUCUGGUUCACAGUCUACUGCCCUUGCCCAUCCUGCACCAGCGCGAGGCAGAGGACGAGGCCGCAAGGCUCAAAGUGGAGCAGAGGCACCUAGACGCAGAGGAAAGAGACAUAAUCUUCAAACACCUGUUUCUUUUGAAGUAUCAAUUGAUCAGGAUCCAAGAUCAGUUGAACCUCCUGAAAAAAAAUCCAGGGUGUCUGUUGGGAGGAGGCCCACCACGAGAAAUAAGCAGGAGCAUGAUGGUUUGAAACAGGCAAAUGUCUCAGUUCCUUCCCAAAGUAUUACUGAUUCUGUGAUUGGAAAAUUUGAUACUAGGCCAGAAAAUGGAGCUCAAAAACCAACGGACAUUACCCAGUUAGAUGCAUCUAAAAACUUUGUGGAUUCUGUUGGACCCCUUGUUGAUAAUAAGCAGGAUAAUGGAGUUUUGAAACCAGUUAAUAUUGUUCAAACAGUUGCAUCUCAAGGCAGUGCAGAACCUUCUUCCGAUGAAAUGAAUAAAGAUCAUGAGAAUCAAACUCAAGAUAAAACCAAUUCUAUACUGUCAAAUGCAUCUCAAAACAUGAAGUAUCUUCCUAUGGGUGAAGUUUGUGAUGGUAAACCAGAAAGUGAAGCGAGACUGAUAAACAGCUGCAACUCUGAUGCAUCCAGGGUAUUUACUGAUCCUCCCACGAUUAAAGAAAGUAAAGAUGAGACAGAAAGUGAAGGUAGGAGACUUAAAGAUAUCCAAUUGGAUUUAUCUACUGGAUUUGGGGAUUCUUCAGUCGCAAGCAUAAGCCAGUAUAAACAGGGGAAUACAGCUGAGAAAGAGAUGAACAUUAUACAGUCUGAUCCAUGUCAGAGCAGAGAAGAUGGUACCCCAGCCCAAGCUAGUGAGGCGGAGGAUAACAGAACCGAUAAAUCAGCUUGUGAUGUUGAGGCCGAUGCAUCUCAGUUCAUUGCAGAUCCUUCCAGGGGACACAGGCAGGAGAGUGAAGCCGAGGGGCAAGCAAAUACCGGUCAAAUGGUUGCAUCUCAAAGUGUUUUAGAUCCUGCUGGAGUACAAGUUAAUACUAGUGUGCAAACGAAUGAUGCUCCCAUAGUGGAUAAUGUUGUGGAAUUGGAUUCAUCUCAAAAUAUUGCAUAUCCCCAGCUGUUGAGGUCCAGGAUAAUCAGGGAACAGAAGCUCAGAAGGACAUUGAUAUUCAAUUGGAAACUGCUGCUAUACUUUCUGGAUCAGUUCCCAGAAGUUGAGGAUGAGAUGGAAGAGGAGAACAGAACUGAUACAUCAGCUUGUGAUGUUGAGUCUCAUGCAUCUCAGUUCAUUGCAGAUCCUUCCAGGGGACGGGGGCAGGAGAGAGAAGCUGAAGGGCAAACAAAUACUGGUCAAAUGGAUGCAUCUCAAAAUUCACCUCGAAACAUUGCAGAUCCCUUAGAUGUUGAGUUCCAGGAUAAUCAGGGAACUGAAGCUCAGAAAGACACUGAUAUUCAGUCAGAUACUACUGCUAUACUUUUUGGGUCAGUUCCCAUAAUUGAGAGUGCAGGUGAUAGAUGUCGCAGUGAACGUGGGAAGGAAGUUGGGUAUGAGAUGGAAGAGGUGGAGAGCUCCUUUUUGGAUCUACAUCCAACUAUUUCAGCUUCAGUCACCCCAGUUUCUGGUCUUUUGCACAGAUCUGUUGAUCAAGCUAAAACUGAGGAACAGGUUGCAAAAGAUUCUUUUCCGGAUCCAGGCUGUGUGUCAGCUCCGCCAACAAAGGAAAAUGCAGCUCGAGAUAAAAACGUUGCUUUGAAAAAGUCUGAUGAUUUCUGUGCAGAACUUGAAACUAAAAAAGAAGAAAUCGAGGCAGGUGUAAAUGAUUUUCUUGCCUUAAAGCCUGAGGUGGAUGCGAAAAUUCUCUUGCAAGAAAAUUCACAUUCUUUGGUGGUGGUUGAACCGAUUGUUGUAGCCUCAAGCUCUAGUGUGUGCAAUCCUGAAAAUCAAUCAGGUGAGGAGCAUGCAAAAAGUAAGUUUCUGGAUGAUUCCGUUGUUUCAGACCCUGGAUUGACUGAGAAUACAAUUUACUCUGACAAAGGUGCAGACAACCCACUUUUGCUGAUGUCAAGUGAUUCAGACCCUUUGACACUGAAUGAUCAAAGGUGUGAUGUGGUGCAGUUGUUAUGUCUGAAAAUCCAAGUGGAAAGCUUAGUGAUGGAGAAGUUGAGCAAACCUCAGAUUUAUUGGAAGAGGGAACAACUGCUCCUGAUUCUGAGAAUUUUGGAGGAUAUAUCUGAGAUUCAUUCUAAGAAAACAUUCCCAGAAGAGAACAAGAAGCAAGACAAUCUUCUGAGUCAGGAUUCUGUUUCAGUUUUAUUUUCUGCUGAGAAUGUGGCUUCUGUACUGGAUAAUGCUCAAAAUAAGUCACAGGAUAUAUGUCAAAAUGUAGAUGGAAAUGAUCCAGAGAGCAAAGGCUCUGGUUUGGAUGAGGUCAUCGUGUUCAAGCAUGAGUUCACUCGUGCUGGGGAAAUCAAGCAAAAGGAUUCUGCUUUUGAUGGACCCCAAACCUCAGAUUUGUUGAACGAGGCAAUAGCUGCUUCUGAUUCUGGGGCUUUGACAGAGAUAUCUCAUUGUGAUAAAAUUGCCACAGAUCAGUAUGAGAAGCAAGACACUGUUCCGUGUCAGGAUUCGAUUUCAGUUGUAUCUUCUAUUGAGAAUGUGGUUUCUGUUGUGGAUCAAGCUCCAGAAAACUCACAGGACACAUGUCAAAAGGAAGAUGGAAAUGACCUUAAGAGGAAAGCUACUGGUUUGGUUGAGGUUUCUGUAUUAAAGAAUGAGUUGACCAUGACACUGGAAACUUCAUCUCAAACUCUGAGAGCUUCAGAAGUGGCUCCGCCUGAAGUGUCAGAGGUUGAAGCUUGUCCUGGGAAAGCAGAUGCUGAAGGGCUUCAAAGCAGAGGCUGUUUUGUGGAGAGUGCCAAUGCUCCUGUUUCAAUGUAUGGCAUAGCAAAUAACCAAUCUUUGGUUCAAAAUACAUCCCCACCCGUUCAUCUCUUGAAAUUGAAGAACUGCAUCAAUGAUUGUACUGAGCUAAGAGAGGAUUUUGAGGUGAAAAAAUCUUCAAUUACUUGUGAUGGAACAACUGAAGAGAAGUCUGAUUUUCAAGCUAGUGAAGAUUAUGCAACUGAAGUGCUAGAGACCAAGAAUAUGGAGGUUGAACCAGAUGCAAGCCUUGUAUUUGAGACCUUUAAGGGCAUAGAAGAGAGGGUUGUUUCAAAUGCUGAAAUAAAUGUCACCAGUCAUAGUCCCAAUGAAGGAAAAUCUGAAAAUUUGGUUGACUCCAAAAUUAUCGAAGAAAAGCCUGUGAAGGAUAUUGAUAGAGAAGUUACUGAAUUUACCGUGCAGACUAGCAACUUGAAGGAUGAUCUGCCUGAGAUGGCUGAGGUUGAUUGUGAUUCUAGAACAGAUGAUUCAGGAAAACAUGAAAGCCAAGACAGCAUACUAGAAAAGGACUCUGCUACAACUGCUGUGGUAAGUGGUGCUCAAACUUUGGAGGAAAUGACAUCCUCAACUUGUUUAGUGCUCGAGACAAACAGACUUAAUGGUAAUAAUGAGCAAUCUGAAAAUGAGGCAGACUUGCAACAUUUUGAAGAAAUCAUUCCAAUUAAUAUUAGUAAAGAGGUCAGUGUAUCCUCUAUGAAGAGUGUUAAUUUGAUUGAUGCUCUACCAGAGAUGGCUGUGGGUGAAGAUGAUUCUAAACUAGCUGAUUCUGAGAUACUUGCAGCCACUGACCACAUUCUAGAAAAUGUUUCUGUUUCAACACUUGAGGCAACUAGAGUGCAAAAUUUGGAGGAAACAACACCAUCAACCAUUUUAGUGCUUGAGACAGAAGGUUUAGUUGUUCAGCCUCCGAAAAAUAACUGCGAUGAGCAAUCUGACAAAGAUAUUGAAAUGGUAGAUGGAAGUGUCCCUGAUUUAAGCGCAUCUUCCAUUGCAGCAGCCGAGUGUUGUGAAAUUGAUACCAAGUCUGCCACUAAUUUGCUGGAGAAUAUGGUUGAUUCCAUACAGGUGCUGAGGAAGAAGCAUCUCUGCCCUUGGAAAUAGCUAGUCAAGAUGUCACACCUGCUGAAGUGGCUGAGAAGUCCGAGAUUGGAUCUGGUAGAAAUUUUGUAGCUGAAGCACA